UUCACUGCCCUUGAGAUGUCAUCAAUUCUCCGUCACUGCUGUGAUCUUCUGAUAGGCAUUGCCGCUGGAUGGAGUGACCUGAUACACACCAACAGCCUCCAAGUACACAGACAAUUCAAGGCAAUGAUAGUAUCCAUAGGAAGACCUUCACAUGGUGAAAGUGCUGAUUUAUUGAUUAGCUAUUAUGCAGGGCCAGCUGUAGAUGCUAUCAACUCAAGACCAUGGGUUGGAGGAUUAAUGUUCAUAUUCAUAUUCCUUGCACAGGAAUUUGAAUCCCCUGCAUGCAAGCUACUUGAUCAAGUUAAAGUAGUUGCCCACAAAGCACAGAUGACGACCUACUACACUGUGAGAACGUUCUUGGAUCAGUGCAUGGAUAGUUCCAUUGCUUUACCUGCUGUUGUGUCCAAGAUUUCAGUUUUUCAGCAGAAGCAAGUACUGCUUUAAAAGGUACUUAGAGAUUUCUUUGAAUGUGGGGGUGUACUUUGCCACCCUGUUAUUGGGGAGCUAUCACCAUGAGUGUUCCCAAACUUAGUAACAGCAGCAAAAUACUGGGCCAAAAGAAAUCCCACAUUUUCUGGAUUUGAAGCCCCUGACAUUAUAUCAGGAUCAACUAUUAUACUCCCUCUACUUCAAAUGGCAUCUGCUCGCAAAAUCUCCAGAGGAAGUGAUGUGGGUCCGUAUACUCCUUUGUGAGUACAGGAGUUCAAGAUUUAGAUAACAAGCACGUGAACUAAGCCUCAUUUUAUAUAUAUAUAUAAAGAAAUUAUGUGAAAAUCACAUUCUAAAAUUAUCUGAGGGUUGCCUAGUGUUUUCAAUCUUAGUCUGAUAUGUCUCUGACAUCUAUCACAACUUCUCUAUAAUUCUUUACUUCUUUAAAAGAAUCUAUCCAACCUUCUCUAUGGCCAUUGAAAGAUGUGAUCUCCAAAGUCUUUUUAAGUACUGGAGGCUAAAAAUAUGCUUUGACGUGUGGUAGAGUUUUGAAAUAAUUGAAAUAUUUUCUGUAGUUACAUAAGGAGUUAUUUUUAUUUUAUUCUUUAUAGAUAAGGCCUAGAUCAGUUUUAAGGUUAUUG